GAAUCUGAAGAAUAUGAACAAAAAAGAAAGAAGUUUAAAAAAAAUUCAAAUUUUAUAGAAAUGAGCAUAGAUAUUGUGGCACAAUUACGAAUGUACAUGUCUGAUAUCAGAUAUAAAAAUUGUGAUUACUUUAACUCAAUCAAUAAUAAAAUUUCUUUUAAAGAUAUGGUUUAUGAUCAUAAGACAAAUUAUGUUUUUCUAUUUACCAUAGUUAAUAAACCUGAAAAUUUCAUGAAAUAUUUGGUUUUCAUUGAUGAGAUUGAAAACUUGAUUACACAAUCUCCACGGAGAACUGGUUGCGAUUUAACCGAAAGAUAUUGUUAUGAAAAAAUAUUAGACAAUAUGAAGAUGCAUUCUCUAAUAAAAGAAUGGAAUGUGUUUCGACAACUACCUCAGAGGGAGCAAGUUUUGGAAUGGGGUGCUACUCUUGCGGCCCAAUCUAUUCAACUCAGAAAGAAUGUAUCUUAUUCGGACAUACAAGCAUCGCUAAAUAAUAUCGCACUAGAGGUACAGAAUUACCUCAAAGAAAAACAUCCCGAGCAUUCGAUAUUCGGAAUGUCCGCUGAAACUUUGUCUUAUUGGACGAACAAUAAUAUCGACGAUAAUCACUGGAGUGAAACAGAAGGAAUACAGAUUAUUGAUACAUUGAAUGAAUAUAUAUUUGACAAAUUAAAUUUUCGAUUUUGCAACCCAGAAGACACAAAUUUAGAAUACAUGUGCAUAGAUAAUGUAUUGAAAACUAAAUAUGGCCAAAAAAUAAUUUUAUUAACAAUAUAUCACAGCGUGGCCAGAAGACUUGGUCUACGUUGCGAUGUAAUAGUAGAAACAGAAGAGUACACUUAUGAUAAACCUUUUCUAGGCUAUAGAUACUUUACUUAUUGUUAUGAAAAUAAUACAUUUAAUUUAAAACCUAAUUUUCCUACUAAUUUACCUACUUUUCCUAUGUAUUCCAUACGUUGGGAACCAAGAUAUGCUACGGAUGGAUCAGAAAAUGAAAGAUGUUUCGACAUAAUUUCUAAAAAAUUCCCGUAUUGUCUUGUCUACAAACGAUUCGGACGCUAUGAGUUGUUGAUUCAUUCAUCAGAAAUUAUAUAUCAAAAUUAUGACAUAAUAUGUUUUGAAACGGUUGGUAAUUACUUAUAUAUGAUUUCUAUUGAUUUUAACAUUAAUAAAUAUAACUAUAAUUUUGGCAUAAUUAAACUAAUGAAUUAAUGAAACUUAUUUUAUAGGCAGAAAAAAUGGUAUAAUAUGUCUUUUUUAUUACAAUCAAAACUGUUUUUAAUCUUCUCUAUUUGCUCAUAUAUUUAUUCUAAUUUUUAGACACGAGAAGAAAUAAUGAUGGGAGCUGUGGAUUUGACAUGUAACUUUAACAACAGUUUUCAGAUUAAUAAGCGUAAAUCUGAUCCCUAUUUGAA